CUUCAGGACGUUUGUGGUCGUCCAGUCUGGUGUCAUAACAUCAAACUGCACAACAUUAUUAUUUCUAAGGCUAAGUCAUUUAGCGUUAACGUCAGUCAGAGAAAUGAAGUGCAUGAAACAAAUCUUUUCUAAAAGACCUCGCAUAAAAGUCGGGCGGCUGGUCGGUGCAGCUCUCGCCUCCUGCAGAUGUUUCCAUGCUGAGCUAGUGAGACGUGAAUCCUGCGGACUUCCAAUAGUUCAUCACAGCAACUAUGUGUGCCAACUCCCACCCAAUCACAGGUUCCCUAUGGGCAAGUUCCCCCGGGUUUUACAUUUUUUAAUCAAAGAUCAAGUCAUUACAGAGAAACAGGUGUGGGUCCCUGAAAUUGCCUCUAAAGAUUUACUCAGAUGCGUGCACACUGAUGAAUACUUGAACAACUUCAUAAAUGGGAAAAUAAACGAGCAAGAACAAAGGAGGACAGGUUUCCCCUGGAGUGAAGGCAUAGUGAGACGCUGUCGAUAUGAAACUGGUGGGACCGUUCUAGCUGCUGAAGUAGCUCUGCAGAGGGGUCUGGCCUGCAGCACAGCAGGAGGAACCCACCAUGCUUUUCCAAGCUAUGGUUCAGGAUUUUGUCUUCUCAAUGACUUAGCAAUUGCAGCCAAAUACCUGAUGGGCACCUCCUCGCUCAAAAGGAAGGUUCUGAUUGUGGAUCUAGAUGUGCAUCAGGGCGACGGCACUGCUUUCAUUUUUAAAGAGGAGCCGUGCGUGUUUACAUUCUCUGUGCACUGUGAGAAAAACUUCCCCCUCCGUAAACAACAGAGCGACCUAGAUAUCAGCGUGGAGGAUGGGCUGGAAGACAAGGAGUUCCUCUCCACAGUGGAGGCCCACCUUCCCUGGCUGCUGGAGACUUUUCGCCCAGAUCUGGUUCUGUAUGACGCAGGUGUCGACCCUCAUUGGGAAGAUGAACUCGGGAAGCUCCGUCUGACUGACGAAGGGCUGUAUCAGAGAGAUCUGUACGUGAUAAAGACUGUGGUGAGCAGAGGUGUUCCUGUCGCUGCUGUUAUUGGAGGAGGGUACUCGAGAGACAUCGACAAACUAGCCCUCAGACACUCCAUCGUCCACAGAGCAGCAACUCAGGUUUGGAGGGAGUGUGGAAUGUAAAACCUUUAUACCCUAAAUCAAGAGGAUACUCAGAGCUCGAAAUAUCUUCAAUAUUAAUAUUUGGGAAUAAAAAAAGACAGGAUUUUUGCAGCUAACCAACAUGCUGAAUGUGAUAAACGAAUAUCAGUAUGUGGUAUGUUGUGACUUUAGGUGUUCAACUUGUUGUUUAUCUCAUCAAAAUACUGUAUCUUAUAUAGAAGCAACUGUCUGUGUAACUA